GUGUUCAUUACGAUUCAGAAAUAAUUCAGGGAACAGAUCCACCGAGAGCAUUGGAGCGGGAUUUCAACGGUCUACCGAUUUGUUCAAGAGUUGAGAAGUGUCUCUUAUUGCUAAUGAAUGGGUGUGUGUGUGUGUGUGUGUGUAGGUGUGUAUGUGGUGAGGGGCAGGGUGGGUGAGCUGGGGGAAACCAAGAUAAAAAGAAAUAUAGGGCAGAAGGUGGAUUUGAACCUAGAAUCUUUGUUUUAGUCUGGUCUUUAUGAAUGUUAUUUAUAACAUAAAUCUGCAUCUUUGGUUUUUAGUAUAUUAUACUUUGUGUUAAUGUUUCAUUCUCUUUCUGCUUCCUUGCAGCAUUAUGGUGAAAGAACUAUCCCUGAACCUCUGCAGAGAUGCUGUCCAGUUCAGACCAGUCCGUCUCCGUCACGUCUGCCCAGAGCCUCCUGUCUGCAUCCAGCUGUGUUAAUGCAAGAGAGACACAUGUCCAGUCCGCCUUGUCUCCCCAAGACCCCCAGGCCUGGAGGAAGAGCAGCCCAGCAGCUCGUCACGGCCUGGCUCAGGGAGCUCGCUCCUGCUCUCUUCAGGUCCCUCACUCCGUCCCAGAGUGUCUGGCGCUGCCCCCCCGGGCGGCCAGCUUUGACGUGGCCAACGGGCAGGAGGAUGGCUCAUCCGAUCAGGGUUCGGGGUCUCUGAGCCCCCACGGUAUGCUGCGGCGGCGAGGGGGGCUGGUGGAGCAGAAAGACAUUAUCAUGGCGCACCAGGCUCACAAAAUACAGAACACACCACAGGCCCGCAGGAAGGAGUGGGAAAUGGCUCGUUUUGGAGACGAGUCCGCUCCCAGCACCAUGGACUCCGGGGAGGUGGACUUGGAGCGCGGUGGAGACGACCAGGACCCGGCUGCGGCGCUGACGGCAUCCAUAAAACAAGCCAACGCUCAGCGGGCCAGAACUAUGGCUCUGUACAACCCGGUCCCUCACAGACAGAACUGUCUCACUGUCAACAGGUCGCUCUUCAUCUUCGCAGAGGACAACAUCAUCAGGAAGUAUGCCAGGAGGAUCAUCGAGUGGCCACCUUUCGAGUACAUGAUCCUGGCCACCAUCACGGCCAACUGUGUAGUCCUGGCUUUGGAGCAGCACCUGCCUGGAGAAGAUAAGACCCCUAUGGCAAAACGACUGGAGAAAUCUGAGCCCUACUUCAUUGGGAUAUUCUGCUUUGAGGCAGGGAUCAAACUGCUGGCCCUGGGCUUUGUUCUCCAUAAAGGUUCUUACUUGAGGAACGGCUGGAACGUCAUGGACUUCAUAGUUGUGCUCAGUGGGAUCUUGGCCACUGCUGGUGCCCACAUGAACAUCCCAGUGGACCUUCGAACCCUGAGGGCUGUUCGAGUGCUGAGGCCUCUCAAACUUGUCUCAGGCAUCCCCAGCCUCCAGAUUGUGCUGAAGUCCAUCAUGAAAGCCAUGAUCCCGCUGCUGCAGAUUGGUCUACUGCUGUUCUUCGCCAUCCUCAUGUUCGCCAUCAUCGGCCUGGAGUUCUACAGCGGGAAGCUCCACCACACCUGCCUGCCAUCGGUUGACAUCCUCGACAACGAGACUGUUGACUCGUCAGAGUUGGCUUUCGCGUGCGGCGUGAGGAACUGUCCAGAGAAGUACGACUGCAACGACACCUGGAUUGGGCCCAAUGACGGCAUCACGCAGUUUGACAACAUCCUGUUUGCCGUGCUCACAGUCUUCCAGUGCAUCACCAUGGAAGGAUGGACGGCUGUUCUUUACAACACCAACGACGCCUUGGGUACCACAUGGAACUGGAUGUACUUCAUCCCUCUCAUCAUCAUUGGCUCCUUCUUUGUCCUCAACCUGGUGUUGGGAGUCUUGUCUGGAGAAUUUGCCAAGGAGAGAGAGAGGGUGGAAAAUCGACGCGCCUUCAUGAAGCUCCGCCGCCAGCAACAAGUAGAAAGAGAACUGAACGGAUAUCGAGCCUGGAUAGACAGGGCAGAGGAGGUGAUGCUUGCAGAGGAGAACAAAAAUUCAGGAAGAUCUCCGUUGGAUGUUUUAAAGAGAGGGAGUAAGAAGACUGGUGCAAGGAGAGGAGCACCAGGAGAAGAGAAGUACACAGACAAUAUGUCACGGUCCAGGAUGAACUUCCGCAGCGGCCGUCGUGGUCCUGCGGCCUAUCUGCGGCGCAAAGAGCGAAUGUUGCGCAUCUCCAUCCGUCGUAUGGUGAAGACUGAUACUUUCUACCUGAUGGUGCUCAGCCUGGUGGCUCUGAACACCAUCUGUGUGGCCAUCGUCCACCACAACCAGCCCGACUGGCUGACCAUCUUCCUCUACUAUGCAGAAUUCGUUUUUCUGGGACUGUUUCUGGCCGAGAUGUUCUUGAAAAUUUAUGGCCUGGGUUUCCGGCUGUACUUUCACUCAUCCUUCAACUGCUUCGACUGUGGGGUUAUUGUUGGCAGCAUUUUUGAAGUGGUUUGGGGCUUUUUCAGACCCGGCAUGUCAUUUGGAAUCAGUGUUCUCAGGGCUCUCAGACUUUUGAGAAUUUUUAAGAUCACUAAGUACUGGGCCUCUCUCAGGAACCUGGUUGUGUCCCUCAUGAGCUCCAUGAAGUCCAUCAUCAGUCUGCUGUUCCUUCUUUUCCUCUUUACUGUGGUGUUUGCUCUACUGGGGAUGCAGCUUUUUGGAGGAAGGUUCAUCUUUGAAGAAUACACUCCCACCAAUUUUGACACGUUUCCAGCUGCCAUCAUGACAGUGUUUCAGAUUCUGACUGGUGAAGACUGGAACGAGGUGAUGUACAAUGGGAUUCGCUCACAGGGAGGUGUCCAGUAUGGCAUGUGGUCGUCCAUCUACUUCAUUGUGCUCACGCUGUUUGGAAAUUACACACUUCUGAAUGUCUUCUUGGCCAUCGCUGUGGAUAAUUUAGCCAACGCACAGGAACUGACAAAGGAUGAAGAAGAGGAAGAGGAGUUCUUUAACCAGAGAUAUUCCAGAGGGCGAGACGGCCUGAUCUCAGAUGGGAGAAGAAGACCCUACCUCUACAGGAAACGAGCGAUCCACCGAGGUCGUCCUACCCUCCCAGAGGAGCCUGAAGGCGCCACGGUGGCUGCAGACGAGCAGCCUCUCCACAGCACCAACACCUUCGCCAACCGCCGUGAGAGGAGAAGGAAGGUCAACAUGUCCGUGUGGGAGCAGAGAGCCAACCAGCUGCGUAAACGCCGUCAGAUGGCGAGCAGAGAGGAGUUGUUCAACAGCCCUACGGAGGAAACCGCUGAAACUCCCACAGUGCCCCACCAUGCCCCGGCUCUUUCCUCAGAGGCCAGUCCGGGUCACCUGCCUGAGUCUCCCAUGUCCGUUGGGAUGCCUCUCCCCGAGCCCCCGAUGUCCAUUUCCAUCCCUGAGCCUCCGGUGGCUGAGCCGCUGGUGAACCUGAGCGAGGAGAAAUCAGGAGGGGCAAACCACCGGAGUACAAGCGGGGGCAGGCACAGGAUGGCCCGCAAGUUCAGACCCAGUCAGGGCCCUGAAGAAGGGGCCCGGCACAGGCGCCACCGGCACCGUGAGGCUCGCACCGAGGUGAAGAGUUUGGACUGCACACAGUCGCCUCAUGAGGUGUCACAGGUGAGACGCUCCCUGAGCCAGGAGAGGAAACUACUGGACGAGAGGGACGAGAAAGAAGAGAGAGAGAAAGCAGAUGGUGAAGGAGAGUCUGUCCAGGACGACUGUGGGACAUGCAUUGUCAAUCCGUAUGCGGACGUUGGUGAGGACUGCAAAAGAGCUGUUGCUCCUGGCGCCGACCUCCCUGAUCCUCCUCAGUGUGAGCAGCUGCUGGACUGCACCUGGUCGGAGCAGGGCGAAGGCAGACACGCCGAAAAGUACGAGUCUCUGUGUCAAAACAUCCCAGUGGAGGCGGCCUUAGAGGCCACAGAGUUCACUGUGAGUGCCAUGGAAGCUGAGAACUGCCCAGUCACCAUCAAACACAACAGGUCCAGCCUGGAGGGAAGUGUCAUCAUUGAGAUGUCGGCACAACCGCUGCUGGAGCUCACCCCCAUGACAGUGAACAGUAAAGAGCUGGAGGCGUACCAGUCUGACCAGAGAGAGAAAGAGGAGGAGGAGACAGAGGAGGAGGAACCUCCCAUUCCUCCCAAGCCUGUGGCCCCAGACAGCAUGUUCAUUUUCAAGGCCUCUAACCCCAUCAGAAGGAUCUGCCACUAUGUGGUCAAUCUGCGAUACUUCGAGAUGACCAUCCUCCUGGUGAUCGUGGCCAGCAGCAUAGCUCUGGCUGCUGAGGAUCCUGUCUGCACUAACUCAGAGAGAAACAAGGUUCUCCGUUAUUUUGAUUACGUCUUCACUGGAGUGUUCACCUUUGAAAUGAUCAUAAAGAUGAUUGACCAGGGUCUCAUUCUUCACGACGGCUCUUAUUUCCGCGACAUGUGGAACAUGCUCGACUUCAUCGUGGUGGUGGGAGCUCUGAUUGCCUUUGCUCUAACGAAUGUGCUGGGGAACACAAAGGGCAGAGACAUCAAGACAAUAAAGUCUCUCAGAGUGCUGAGAGUCCUGCGGCCUCUGAAAACCAUCAAGAGACUGCCUAAACUCAAGGCUGUUUUCGACUGUGUCGUCACGUCACUGAAGAAUGUCUUCAACAUCCUCAUUGUGUACCAGCUCUUCAUGUUCAUCUUUGCCGUCAUUGCAGUGCAGUUAUUUAAAGGGAAGUUCUUCUACUGCACUGACAGCUCCAUGAAUACAGAGAAGGAAUGCCAAGGCUACUACAUCGACUACAGUAGAGACAAAAAGGAGGUGAAGAGGAGAGAAUGGAGGCGACACGAGUUUCACUACGACAACGUCUGCUGGGCCCUCCUCACGCUUUUCACUGUCUCAACUGGAGAGGGAUGGCCUCAGGUUCUGCAGCACUCGACUGACGUGACAGAGGAGAACAUGGGGCCAAGUCGGGGCAAUCGGAUGGAGAUGUCGGUUUUCUACGUGGUUUACUUCGUGGUCUUUCCGUUUUUCUUUGUCAACAUUUUUGUGGCUCUGAUCAUCAUCACCUUCCAGGAGCAGGGGGACAAGAUGAUUCAGGAGUGCAGUCUGGAAAAGAACGAGAGGGCGUGCAUAGACUUUGCCAUCAGUGCCAAACCCAUGACCCGCUUCAUGCCCCAGAACAGACAAACCUUUCAGUACAGACUGUGGCACUUUGUGGCAUCGCCGUCAUUUGAGUACACAGUGCUGGUCAUGAUCGCUCUCAACACUGUGGUCCUUAUGAUGAAGUACCACUCGGCACCAACAGCCUACGAUACGGUGCUGAAACACCUGAACACAGCUUUCACUGUCCUCUUCUCAAUGGAGUGCAUACUCAAGAUUAUGGCAUUUGGGCUUGUGAACUACUUUCGAGAUACUUGGAAUAUUUUUGACUUCAUCACUGUUCUUGGCAGCAUCACUGAAAUAAUAGUGGAUUUACAGUCGGUGAACACCAUCAACAUGAGUUUCCUCAAGCUCUUCAGAGCAGCCAGGUUGAUCAAGCUGCUCAGACAGGGUUACACCAUCAGGAUACUUCUCUGGACCUUUGUGCAAUCCUUUAAGGCUCUACCGUAUGUUUGUCUUCUGAUUGCUAUGCUCUUCUUCAUAUAUGCUAUUAUUGGAAUGCAGGUAUUUGGGAACAUCAAGCUGAAUGACGAGAGUCACAUCAAUCAGCACAAUAACUUCAAGACUUUUUUCGGUGCUCUCAUGCUUCUGUUCCGGAGUGCAACAGGGGAGUCCUGGCAGGAGAUCAUGCUCUCCUGUCUGUCAAGUCAGGAGUGUGAGCCAGACACCUCCCUCGCCCCCUUCACCUUGUCCCCUGACCACGAGGGAGGCUGUGGGACAGACUUUGCUUACUGCUACUUUGUCUCCUUCAUCUUCUUCAGCUCCUUCCUGAUGCUGAAUCUGUUUGUGGCCGUCAUCAUGGAUAACUUUGAGUACCUGACACGGGACUCUUCAAUUCUUGGCCCUCAUCAUCUGGAUGAGUUUGUCCGUAUCUGGGGGGAGUAUGAUCGUUUGGCAUGUGGUCGCAUUCAUUACACAGCCAUGUAUGAGAUGUUAACACACAUGUCGCCACCUUUGGGCCUGGGCAAAAAAUGUCCUGCUAAGAUUGCAUACAAGAGGUUGGUGUUAAUGAACAUGCCGGUGGACGAGGACAUGAGCGUCCACUUCACCUCCACCCUGAUGUCCCUCAUCCGCACAGCUUUGGAUAUUAAGAUAGCACGAGGCGGUGAGGAUCGUAUUGCUCUGGAUACUGAACUGCAGAAAGAGAUCAGCAUCAUUUGGCCUUAUCUCCCCCAGAAGACCCUGGAUCUACUGGUGCCUAUCAACAAAGAUACAGACAUGACAGUUGGGAAGAUCUACGCUUCCAUGAUGAUAAUGGACUACUUCAAACAGAACAAAGCCAAGAAGCUCAGACAGCAGCUGGAAGCUCAGAAGAGCAGCCUGAUGUUCAAGCGCCUGGACGCCUCUGCCCUCCCUGAGGAUAUUCUCUCUAACACCCAGCCUUUGCCACUGAUGGCUCACAGUGCUGGUUCAGCCCUCGUCAGAGGAGGUUUUGUGGCACUGAGCCCGAUCUCACCACAGGAGCUGUUUUUGCAGCCGAUGAGCUCCGACGCUGAUGCCAGUCAACAACAGAAGCUGGUGGGUGAUUGCAGUAUGGGGAUUAAGGCCACACUGGAGCUUCCAAUGGGGGUUGGCCUGUGCGUGCGGGCCUCCUCCAUGCCCCGUCUCACUGUAGAUUUGCAGGAAACUGAGGUGUCAAGUGGCUCCAUGAAGCGUUCAGUGUCCAUUGUUGGAGAUGAGCGAGUAAACGGUGUUUGGGAGGAAGAGAAAAGUCCUGAGCGAUUGUAUCGACCUCGUCACAAAAGCUACAAGGCUGCUGUUUCUAGGUCAGAACACUGGCAGCAGGGGAACAGGGAGCGUGGCAGGUCAAAGGAGCGCUGUCACCUCCUCUCUCCAGACACCUCUCGUUGUAACUCGGAGGAGAGAAGCUUGCAGCCAUCACGAUCCUCCAGUGUGGAGAGGGCACUUCCCCAAGAUAAACAGGGGAACAGUUCAGAAAGUCCAGUGCCCUCCACCUCAGAGUCCAGCACCCCUAGUGGCCGCCGACCCAUAUCAAAAACCAGAUCUAGGCCUCAUAUCUCCUACUCUCCACUCGUGUGCCGCACUCAAGCAUCUGCCGGAGAAGAUGAGGAUGAACAAGAUAGCCCACAAACAGUGAGGAGGGGCAAGGCCACAUGGGAAUCCGAGGAUGGGGCGCCAGAAGAGCAGCAGGUCAUGGUCGACCGGCAACAGUCACCACCGCAGCGCUACCCGUCGGAGCCUUUUCUGGCCUCACAAGAGGACGAUCACAGCCCAGACCCCACUGGUCCAAUUGAGACCUUGACCUUUGAGGCAGCUGUGGCCUGCAGUCUGGGACGGUCAAACACCGUCAGCUCUGCCCGCCCGCGUUUGCGAACUGGCUGGCAGCUUCCCAACGGACACUUUCGGAAACGUCUGGCACAGACAACCUCGGUUACAGGCUGUGAUCCUCUCAGUGACACAGAGGAGGAUGAUAGAUGCUAGGGCUACAGGAGAUACACCAUGAAAGAGGAGGGGGAAUCCCAGAGAGGUUUAAAGGGGCAAAGCUAUACACGACAUUGUGCAGGGAGAAGGUAAAAGUGGAACUUUUUGGUUUUGAGGCUGUGAGCUGUUCAUUUUGUUUUUGUUAAAGUGUGAACCCAACACAACAUUGAACAAUACUUCCUGAGGCUGUAGUUGCCAAUUCACAGAGAACACCGACAAUAAGGUCUAUUUCCUGACUCGUACUUGAUUAUAGAGAGUAAUAAUGCAUCCCAAUAGUUCUGGGAUA